UCGAACGCCUGUUCAGUUAACUCUCCAAAGCCUAGAAGACGAAGAAGGAGGAAAAAGGCGAUCAGGAGAUAUGAAUAUCGAGAAUGUGCGCUUCGGACCAUUCGAAAGGCGCAGUAAUUCCCAUACGAAGCGAGCUGGGAUCAACACAGUGUGUUCUCUGGCCGCGACAAUUGGAGUGUUCCUUGUGUGGGCAUACCUGGUGCUCGUCCAAAUGCUAUUGGCGAGUUCGCGUGGCCAUACCAACAGCUACCACCAUACGCGAAGAUGGCGAACGGAGGUCGAUAACACGUCUCGGUGUGUGUGUGCGGACAACGCCGCAAUCUCCGGCCAUAAUGUCGAAAACGGUAGCCACACAUGCGUCUGCCCAGACGACGGCAAUGCGCUCCUUGGAGAGGCAGAUCUGAAAAUAGAUAAUCAGAGCAAGCAAGGCGUCCUCACGGAAGCUCGACAUCCGGAUCUAUCGCACCGCCGGGCCAUACGUAUCGAUCAACUGCCGUGGCCCUUGAAAGUCUCAAGAGAGUUGUCGAACAAUACUGCACCACUGAAGAACUCAUCGGAAGAAGAUGGCGUAGCAUUUCCACGCACUCACCAAGGCGAAAAUGUUGUCGUAUACGAAUACGCAAUGAUACGGUAAUCUGCAGGUUUGUUAUCUAUACAAGUUUCGUGCGGCAACCGAUGCAUGUUCUUUCGCAACAUUUAUUAUGACAAAUAAGGUUUCCUUCAGUAAAUAAAAAUCAAGACUUUUCGUGCA